CCCUGGCCAGGGCGGCCCCCGGGCCCGCUGCCCGCCGCCGUUGCCCGGAGACAGCGACGCGGCCGUGCCGGGCCGGGCCAAGCCGAGCAUGGCGGAGCCCGCCGGGCCGACCCCCGCCGCCGGGCCGCAGGCCCCGCACGCCGCUUUCUUCGGGCCCGUGGCGCGGGGCAACCCGGUGGUGGACAGCUUCGAGGCCGAGCUGCGGCGCGUCCUGAGCUCCCUGCGGCGGCUGCGAGGCGCCACGGAGGCCAAGCCGCAGCACGACCUGCACCGCCACGGAGCAAAUACUUUGUUUGACAUUUGGAUCAAAUAUAAACCACGACUACCGGAGUGGUAUUACAAUGAAAAACUUGUGAAAGUUGGUGAUACCCUUGCUCAGAUCAAAGAAUAUAAGUUGGCUCUUCUACAGUGCUAUGAAAGAUACCUUCAGCAGUUUGUUUUUGUAAACCUUGAUGAUGUCAUGAAUGAUGUGCACUGCUUUAAAUCCACCUUUUUUCCAAAUGGUGUCAGAGACAAACAGGCAAUGCUUACGUUCCAUGCUUUGCAAGCGAGAAAUGUUUGCAUUUAUCAGAUGGUUUGCAACAGAGACAGAAAUCUUCAGAACCCAGAGUCCCUGCAGACUUGUCUCAAUGUCUUGACCUCAUUACGACUCACUAUGCAAGUGGCUCUACCUCAGGAGAAUUUGUGCUGGCUUAUCUACAAUGGUACUAUCCAUAUUUACACCAUAUGCAGACAUUUGAUGGUGAUGGGUCAGUCUGCUAAGGUCCUGGAAUACAUACUGUGGGCCAGUAUAUGUAUGGAAUCAUCCAUUCCACUCUUAUCUGUGCAUUAUUUGACGUGGAGAGCCACCCUAUAUACGGCAGUUUCUCAGUGUUAUUUUGAUUGUCAAGCAGGCAUUCAUGGAGAGAUAUUUGCUCGCCGUGGUUUGAUUAAAAUUGAUGAACUGAAGCAGUUAGAAGAUAUCAAUUCUUCUUUGGAACAGACAGAGACAGAAAAGAUUUUUAGAGAGGCCACUCUAAAGAUGUCAGUAAUGAUUUUCAAGAGAGCAGUAUAUGAAUCCAGAAGGAAGUCGAACAGGUUUCAACAUGGGUCAAAAGUUAACCCAAGAAAAGCAGUAAAUCUGUCGUGGCCUCGCACCGCUACUGAGCGGCUGUUGGUGGAAAUGUUUGAUGGUGCUGCUGCUCAGUUCCUUGCCAUCCUGGAGACACUGUCAGAUCGCAGGAGGAAGCUAUUGCCCCCUCAUCCUCCUGCUCCUGAUGAAAUUGAAAUGCAUGAUGUCACUUCUGAGCUUUUUUCUGCAGGCCUAGAAAUCCUCUCAGGUGGAGAAAGCAAUGGCACCAAUCAUUUUGGUAUAAUUAAUCCAUCAUCUACACUUCUGCAGUUGAUGCUAACAGGAGAAAAAGGGGUGUCUGGAGAUGCUGCUGUGAAAUUUGUAAAAUUAGCUUUCAGCUAUGAAGAGUGGGAUAUAUUUUAUUCUGCUGUUGAAUUUGUUGAUAAUUUUCUUCAGACUCAAGAUGACCCAACAUGGAAGAAAGCUGAAACAGAGCUCAAACUUCUUACGCUGAUGCAACCUUUAGUAUUCCCGGGAAAAUUUGAACGUAGUUCUUCUAUUAGUAAUGAUAAUAGCAAAAAAGCCAGCGCACUUCAAGGCUCUGAAAAGACACAGACAAUUAGAAAGGAAUCGUUAAAGCCUCAACACCCUUUUUAUGAUCUUAUGGUUUUGGCAACAACAGUGUCUUCCUGUGUCUCCACAUCUGAGCAGAAUGUCCAUCCUGACAAAGAGAUACUUGUUGAUGUAGUAAUGUGUUUGUGGCAGAAGUGCAAAAUGGAACUUCAGCAAAUCCAAAUGAGCGGAAGUGGCUGCUUAGAAUAUAUCCACAAACACCAAGCUUACCAAUGGGUUCAUAUACUCUGGAUAAUGAAUGAAAUAAUUGAGAAGAGCAACAUAGCAGACACUAAUGUAAUGUUUGCAGAGAUAAUGUUAUGUCUAGCUGCAAUACUGGAAAAUGUAGCUGAUUCUACAAGACAGUCUAAGGAAAAAGAAGGAGGAAGUGCUUCUCUUUCUCAAGACGAAAUCUUUGACAUGCCUGAAAUACUGAUGAAAACACCUACAGAGCAAUUACAAACUGCUUAUGAAAUUCUUGAAAAAGCAAUUAAUGACAUGAACACAUCUCGGUUAAUGACCCUUUUACCAGAUGGAAAAUCGAUAUUUGACAACUGCUGUACAAAGGUGGAAUCAAAUGAUCAGAAUUCUGUUUCGGGAACAGGAACAGAUAAUGGUUUUGUAACAGAUUUACACUUGGAGCUCAUUCAAGCCCAACAUCGAGUAGCUGUGAAACUUCUUAAAAUUACACAAGGUGUUAAAGUUGUUAACAGAAGUCUUAAGUCUAAUAAGUCUCAUGAGAAGGAUAUGGAAGAUUUCCAACAUUUAUCAGAGGAACUUAUAAUGAAAAAAAUUAAAACGAAUAAGCUAUCCAGAGCAAUCUUUUUGAUGCAGAAGGCUGCACAGAAGUUUCCUGAAGAGUUAACUCCUACUUCCCAAAGGCAGCUACUGGAGGAAGCACUAACUUUAAUUGAGCAAGUCGAAGCUGAACAAAGCGCAUUGUAUCGCAGUCUCCAAGAAGCUAUGAGCAGCAAGAAAAAAAGCAGGACUCCUCCUCCUCCUCUGUUACUUUCUAGAUCACAUUGCUCCAUGACAUUUAAACCAUCCCCGUUUGAUUCAGAUAUUCAGGUUUCAUGGUACUGUAUUUUGGGCUGUGUAGCAGGAGGAAGUAACAUGAAAGUAAGGUUAAAUAGCAAUAAACUUCAAAAUUCAGGAGAACAGAUACCGGCUGAUGGGAAAACUCUCUUAGAAGUACAAGGCUUAGAUGCCAAUGAGAAAUACAUAUUUGCUGUUGCAGCCUAUUCUUCAGAUGGAAAACUUAUUGGGGAUGCCAUUGGGCAAAUGACUAAGCCAAUCCUGGCCUAUCCACCCCUUUCUGCUACUACUGUUCGAGCAUAUCUAACUCAGGUAGCCUAUCAGACGGGCAACUUUAGAUUAGCCAGAGCAGCAUUUUCACCAAUGUGGGAUUACUUUGUUUCAGAUUCUUCUCCAUUUUCUCCCAAUGCAGCAGUUAUUUCUGCAAGUAAUAAUUUGACUAUAUCUGAAAAAAGAUUACGUUUUGAAGCUGUAUCUCAGGUUUCUCCUAUUACCUUGCACCUCUUUUUGAGGAAUAUAUUUGCUGUUUCUGACAUUAAUGUCGUGGAAGGAGCACUCUUCUGUGAUUCCAUCUGUUCCAAUGAGAUAUUUUAUAAGGAGCAAGUUGCUAGAUUAGCUGAAUGUGAAAGAAUGACUGUGGCAAUUGAACUUAGCAACUGGUUGAAUGACGCAAGUUACACCCUGCAGUCUGUUGUACAAUGUUAUGGCCUCCUUGCCCCCCUUAUUUAUCACAAGAUUUUUUUAGUGCCAGUGGUUCAGAUCCUCAUUAAAUGCUUGGCUGUUCUCCAAGAAAUUCCAUGUGCUACUUUGCAAAGGAGACAGGAAGGAUCUUAUGUGAGUUUUCAGCAUAUGAUAGCUUGUACUUCAUAUCAUAUAGCAAAGGUACUACAUUCAUGGAAAGAGUAUGAACUUGCAGAAAUUAUCAUUAACUAUGGGAAAAAAUUGUUGAUUUCACCAGCAGUUUCACCCAGCCUGUCAGGCGAUGUGAAAACUGAAGAAACACACACUGGCAAAGGAGGAAAGAACUUUUCUUCAAGGGCAUGCCAUUUAGCUGCAGUGGCAAAAGCAGCAGAAAAUUUGAGUGCUCUUGAAUCAAGUCUUCUCAAACUGACAGAGCCAGGUCCUGGAAAACAGCUUACAGGAAAGGAAUAUCCUUUGUUCCUCUACCCUGUAAUUUCAUGUUGGCCAUCAGAGCGUGCUUAUCGAGAAGUGCUUAAAUUCAGAGACCAAACACGCUUCCUUGAGUUCUUUGUUCAACUUUUGCACAAAGUCCUGAAUGAAGAGAACUUUCAAUGUGUUCUGGAGUGGGCAGACAGUGUGGAAGUUUACUUGAAAAGGAGGAAUGAGAACUUCCUCGGUGCUGAUGGAAUUUCAACACAAGCAAGAUCUCUCACUCUGGAUGAAAGCACAUGUGCUGGAGGAGUUCAGAAAGAAAAGGAUACCUCACCUUCAAAGAAGCCAAAGGCAUCACCUUCGAAGAAACCAACAAAAAAAGCCAUGCCUAGGAAAGGACCGCUUAGAGAGUUUUUAAUGAAAAACCCAGAUGCAAUGAAUUCUCCAGAAACACAAAAGAAAGGCAAGGAUAAGUUGAAGAAAUUAGCUUAUCAAACCUUAGUGAUGCUGCUGAGUAAAUAUGUAACCCGAAGUCGUUUUUGUCAAAUGUGUCUUGAAGAGAUGCCCUGGAAGUCUCAGAUGAAUAUCUAUCUAGCAGUUGCACACUACCACUUAUUUAAAAAGAACCUGGAGGAGCAAUAUAAUAUUGGAAUUAGUGGUUCACAGCAUCUGGACAGUUACAGUAUUUUGGAUCCUGAGAUAUUCUCAUUAAACAAUUCUGGCACUGUACUGAUGAGAGAAGCUGUGGAGGAUAAGAUAGAAAAACCAACUCCUCCUCUCCUCGAAAAGUCAGAAAUGACUGAAACCCAAACCUUUACAAAUAAAACUCCUAAGAACAGAAAUAAACAGAGUCGAACAUCUCAAAGUCGAAUAACAAAGACCCAUGAAGAACAGGACCAGUUGCCAUCAAAUACCCUUUUACUGAAGCAUUUUACAAGCAUCUUCUUGCAUUUGAAAAGAGCAGUGGUUCUUGCUCACCGUGGUGGCUACUGGACUUUGCUUCAAAAUGCUUGUCGAGAACUUUGGAACUACACUCAAGAAUUCCAGUUGAUUGCUAACCAGUCACAUUCACAUAUGGAUGCAUUUCCCAUCACCUGGGAUUUUCUUUGGAACACCAUCUGGUUGCCACAUUAUUUUGCAUCAGACAUGAUCAUUGAUAUGAUAAUUGACCUACAAGCAAGCAGUUCUCUUAAGAUUGUGGAUCCUGAAGGAGACUUUUGCAUUCCCAGUUGUUUAGGAGGUAUUGUGGAUGAGAAUGGUGGUUCUAAUCUUCAUCCCCAGCCUCCCCUGGAUGAUGUGAAUGUGGUUGACCUGAGAUGGAUAUGUAAGCUGAUUCUUAAAACAAUAGAAUUGUUAUAUCAAAUGAAGAAGUGGGAAGCACUGGUACACAUAGCUGUACAAUUUAACAUACUUACACAUGAGAGGUUCACAGAACAAGUGAGUCCACUGCUGGUGUAUGCUCAGAGGCAGCUGCUGGAAAGGAUACAGCAGUUCAGUGGGCCAGACAGCCAUGAAUCUCGUUUCACAAAAUACCUGUCUGAUGAUGCACAGAAGAUGAGUUGCAGAAACUACAUAGGGUGCAAGUUACAGCUGCCCAUUGCUCGUUCUGCCAGUGAAGGGGCUUUUCCUGGAUGCUUUUUCAAUCCUGAGAUGAGUAAUGAUUCUACAGAUCACAAUCAAGCAAAAGCCCUAGUUUGUGUGCCUCUUGAUGUGAAUGACACACUGAAAUGUUUUAGAGAAACUCUAGAAAAAUCUAAAUAUCAAAGCAGAGCACUGAGACACAGCAGAAAACUACUUUCAUUAUUUCUUGCACACACACAAGAAAAGGCUGGAAGAGCAAUCAGCAGUCGUAUCUCUUCAAGCAGAAAGCUGAAAUUUAAUGUGGCAGAUGAAGUGAUAUUUCUACCAGCACCAUGUGACCUUUCUCAAGAAAAAUAUAAUUUCUCCAGUAUGGUUGAGAGUAGACCAAUCCCAAAGUCACAGCUUUCAGUAAUUAUCUCUUCCUAUGAGCAAACAAUAGGAAUCCUUGAAAUGACUAACCAGAGAGACCUCAAGGUACAGGCUCUACAUGAACUUGGAAAUCUUCACUUUUACACUGGAAAUAAAAGAGCUGCUUUUAAAUAUUGGUGUCAAGCCCUUGAUGAAACACUCAACAUUGCUGAUGCUCUUAACACCUGGCAAGAGUUAAGUUUUCCAAAAGAUGCUACAGACUGCUUUGCAGUUGGAAGAUCAACUGAUAUGAGUCAGAAAUUUCUUUCUCAGGCUGGAGCUUGGGGAUGUUUACAUGCAGCAGUCCUAGUGGCUAAGAUAGCUCAGUAUGUAACAACAUCACAGAUCAAAUUAAGAACAAAAUACUGCUAUUUUUCUGCGAUACUUUUUAAGACCCUGUUUAGGGCUUCUCUUCCACAUCCAACAUCUGACUAUGACUUUGCACAAUAUGAAACCAAUAUUCUUAUUCCUGGUAUUGACCUGUUCUCUGAUCGCUACAGAGCUGAUGUCUCUACUGUAGUUGCAAGUCUGAAUUUCAUUAUGUUUGAACUACAUUGUGCAAAAAUAAAUUUAAUGAUUUUACCUCUGUUCACACUGUACCAAUAUAUUGUAUCUGAGAUUUGUAAGGACCCAGUUAAAUGUAUUGAAGGAAGAAUCCUCAAGAUUAAAGUACUUACAGAUAUAGGAUUUUUUACGGAGGCCUUUCAUGAGCUAUCUUUGCUUAUUUCGGGAGAGAGAAUUCCAUGGAAAAUACCAGCAGGAUACAGAUAUACUGAACAAAUGCAGGCCUUACAGAAAUUUGAUUCCUCAAAAUCUCUCAUGACUGCUACAAAUUUGCAGGUACUGGAAGAUACUUUUAAUUGUAGUCUGUCUUUAACAGUGGUGCCACUGUGCAGCCAACAAAUCAAGAAUAAAUUAACCUUAGCCAAAAUGCAUCUCAUCAUUUGUCUUACUGCCACAAUAAAUAAUAUACCUGAAAAAGUUGAAAAAAAUGUAUAUUCUGUUGACAACAACAACUUGCCAGAGCCAAACAAAACUAAAGUAUCAAAUGUAAAAGUUGAUGCUGAUCAGAAUUCAAGACAGCAGGAACAGAGGGACAGAAUGGUGCAUCUUGUUGACUGUAAAGACAAAUUAAAUAUGGCCAUGUUGAAGGGGAUUUUAUUGACAGAAGCUGAAGAAAGUCUUAGCUAUCUUGUACAGGACAUACAGGAGAAAUAUGAUGGGGACAGAUCUUGUUAUUCUGUGGAAGACUUAGAGGCUCUUAUUCAGGCCAAACUUGAACUUGCUUCUAUUUCUCAGCAAAGGCAUCAAGGACCUCUCAGUGUUGCUUUGGCUUUCUCUGCAAUUCGACUGCUCCAAGAUGCAAAAGUUUUUAGAAUGGACGUGGCUCAUUUUCAGGAAGAAAAGGAUGAAAGGGAGUAUUUGGACUCCACCACUGAAGGUGCUGAGCUCCCUCCCCGUGUAACAGCACAAGAGCACCUGAAUGUACAUUUGUGGCUGAGGUGUCGAGCAGCGUUAGUGACUGCACUCAUGACACAGAUACAUGGUGUUGGUGAUGUGAAAGGAAAUGAUGUGGCUGAGCGCAGAAGUGUGAUAAAAGAAGUUAUAUUAGAGGCAGAAGCCUUUGGUGAUAUUGAGACUCAGGCUGAAAUGAUGGUGCAAGCUGCUAUUCUUGACCUGCAAGAAAAACGUCCUGUGGCAGACAUUAAACUUCUUUUGCAGAAUAUCAUCGGUUUAUUCCAAGACAAUAUAUUUAUUUCCCUGCGAGCUUCUUUGUCUCUUGUGAAAAGUAUGCUUCUGCUGGCAGAAAUACUGCUACUGCAAGUAGCAGAGGAUUCAGAACAUUGCUCUUCUGCAGUGCAACCAUUAAACUUGCUUGUUUUGGCACAUGAGCUUACAAUUAAAGCAAUUUUUUAUUGUGGUGAACCCAUUGAAUGGCAAAUAGAAGACAGUACAUUGACUUGCCUGGUCUUGCCCACUAAGAAUGUCUACCUGCCACAUAUUAACUUGCUAGCCCAAGUCAAAAUGAAAAUUGGACAUACAUUAGCUUCUAUGGCUGCAGGAGAUCAUUUGCAAUGGCUACAUGCUCUCAGGCAUUUAGAAUCAGCAUUGAAUCUUUGCAGAGCCUCUGCAACAAAAAAAUUAGAUAUGGAAGCUGAACUUCUUUUUCAGAUAGGUCAGGUAGAACGCCAGAUAACUGAAACAGGCAAUAACAACUCAUCUCAAGCUAUUGAAACCCUGUUGGAAGCUAUUAAGAUCAGCCAGAAACAUGAUCAAAAUUAUGAGUUAGUGAGACGGUCGUACCUUGAAAUAGCACUAUCAUAUUUGUAUUUUGCCAAAUAUAAUGAGGAAAUGUCAGAGACAGAUAAGUUGGUGUCUUCCAAAUCGAGUACCUCUUCUUCAGAAAUGUCUUCUGUGGAGGCUAUGAAAUCAGAAGUCAACAAAGUACAAGCCUGGAUUGCAAUAAGAGCAGCUACACAGGUCAGUGAAGCUGUACUUGCUUCUCAGCUGUUAAUUGGGAUGAAGAGUGUUAAAGAACAGAACAUGAAGGAUGAAGUUCAACAAAAAAUCCCAGAAUUUGCUUCUAUGGAUCUUUUUUCUUCGUACAGAGAUUUCAUAUCUGUUGCAGAGGGAUACAAUGUUGUUUCUGAAACUCCUGAAGUAUCUUCUACUGAAAACAAACAAAUCACAGAAGACUCUCAGAGUGAAAGUGAAGGAACAGAAAGUCUUGUCACUAUGGGCAGCCAGAAGAAAGAUACAGUAACAUGGGUUCACCUCAUUCGCUACCACAAUCAUUUAAAAAGAAUUUACAACACAAACCUAUCUGGACCUGGAUCACUUUCUCCAAGAGAUGGACACCUUGGUUUGAUUUCUGACACAGGAAUUGUCCUGCGCAUAGCAGAAAUGCAUUCUUUCCUUGAAAAGAAUUUGUUUGAAUAUUCAAUGUGUUGUCUUGAGAAUUUUCCAGAAGAACUACGUGAUGUAGAAACGCCACCCAGUAGUGCAACUACUGAUUCUUCAGAGGUGUCUCUUGAUAUUAGUGAAAUUGCAUCAGAAGUGUCACAUGUGAGAAUAGCUUCUCCAGUUUCUGUCAUUGUAGAAGAAGAUGAGCGGACAGAGAGUAGGGCAGCAACUGCUUUGUUUAAGGAAAUUAACAUUCAGUGGUAUAUUCCUUCUGUGCCAAAGCCAUCAAGCCAUAUAGAAACAAAGGUUUUGUUGCUUUAUGCUUAUAAUAUAAACCCUGUCAAGAUGAGUGACAUCACGGUUUUUAGUCCAACAUCUGCGUUUUCAGGCCACUUGUGGAUUCCAUUGGCUAGAAUUAUUUCUUUAAGGGAGAAAUUGUCUGAUCUCAAGAAGCAAGUUGAAAUAUUGAUGCAAGGUUCUAAGAGCUUUUCAACUUCAGUACCUACAAGUUUUCUUGAGCAAAGUGAAACUUUGAAAAUAAGUCCUUCAAAUAAACCCAAAAUGAGUGAUGCGAAAGUGCAUCUUGAUGAAAAAACAGAAGAAUUUGCUAAAAGAUGUUUAUUUGAAGUCAAAGCACUGCUCUCUGUUGUUCCAGCCGAGUCCUCUCCAUUAACUAAGAUCCCAUUUGAGGUUACUUGGCAAUCAAUAACAAAUUUGGAAGAGAUGUUUGAUCUUGCCAAUGGAUGUAUAAUAACUGGAGGAAGUCUUUUAGAUUGGAUCAUUUCUCUGCUUCAAUAAAUGCUAUUUUGCAAUAACUUGAUCAGUUAUUAGCUGAAAGCUACAGACUUAGACUUAAGUUCUAGUGUUAAUGUAACAAGUUCAUUAAUCACAUCAGGUUUUGGCUCCUGUUAUGUUUUAUAAUUUGCACUUUUAGCUUAUUUCUAAUUAUUAAAGCAUUAAUAGUUUUUAAAAUCAAAAUAAUUUUUAAGGAAUUUACUAAUUUUAAGGAAUUUAAUUUUAUAGGUAGUUUCUUUAUAAGAGGAUUUUCUAGCUUUUCAGUAAUUUCUUAUUGUUUAGAAGAGCUGAAUAGGUUUGUAGCCUUUUAGCUCCUGCUAAUAGAUUCCUUUUUCCCCUGAAGUUGUAUUCUCAUCAGCAGUUUUUAUAUUGCUUUUACAGUUAUCAAAAAGUUGGUAUUAUUUCUGAAGUUGAGAAUUUUUGGGGAGGCUAAAAUCAUCACUGAGUUUGUUCUUUAAUUCAUCUGGUUGGAAACUAGCAUUUCACACUAUUAAGGGUGCAAGUGAUAAUUCAAAUGUCUUCAUAAUUUCAAAGCAUUUUUUAAAAAACAAACCAAACUCCCACAAACAAAUAAACAACUCCCCCCAACAAGGCAGUACAAAGAAUGAAAUGGUACAAUACAGAAUAUUUUUAUAUCGUUCUAAAAAGCUAAGGGAACCUUUCUGAAUGUUGCUGUAAACAUUAAUUUAAAGUGCUUAAGAAACACAAAUGAGUCCUAGCAACAGCCACCUGAGGCAAUAUGCUUGAGCAUAUUCUCUCUCUCAAUGCGGGAGCAUCUCAAAUGCUCCAGCGAUUGAGAUGGAGACUUGCACAUGAACAAGUGAGUUCGCAGACCAGAGAGGGGCCAUGGCACUUUGGUUUUGCUCACAUCCCAAAGCCAGGCACUCCUUCGCUACUUAUGUUGAUUUGUUUGCAGCAAACAGCAAAAAACCCCAGGACAUUUUGGCGGGAGUCCUGUGAGACUUGUCCUAUAACUAGUUAUGGUUUUGUAUUCCAGGAAAAUUCAGCAUUAAUGGUUACCAUUCCUGGCCUCGUUACCUGUGAAAAAUGACAGUCCCUUUCACUUCAGUCAGACAUUCCCUGUACUGUAGCCCAGUACUAAAACAAUAAACUUUUUAAAGCUAUUUGGAAAUUGCAGAUUUACCUUGGCUUGUGCUUUUCAGAAAAAUGUUGUCUGGUUGAGUUUCUUUUAGGAAGGAAGAGGGAAAGAGGUAAGAUUCUGAAUAAUGAAUAUCUUAAAUGUUAUCAGUACAGGAAGAAAGGGAAUAAAGUUUUCUCCUAUUUUUCUUCAUUCCUAUAAAAGAAAGAAGGUUGGAUGUAUUUGCAUUAUGUGUAGCUGUUUUAAAAGUUAUGCUGUUUUUAUUUUGUGUACACUUUUCUGGAAUGCUGUAGGUAGCAGGAAAAUUAGAAGGGCAAUGAUACAAAGAAAGGAAAAAAGUGAGUAAUUGGCAGGGCAGUUAUUUUUGCAAGACAAUAUAAAAACUGAGUUUGUGUGAUUAUUUAUUUUUACUGCUUCACAGCCAGUUUGGAAGAUACACUCCUUGCAUUAUUCUUUCACUAAAAGAAUUUCUUGUUCUGCAGUUGUUCAAAAAGCGGGAAGAUAAAAAUUGACAUCACUCAUUUUUCCUUUACAAGAACAAGUAGGAAAUUGAUUGAAGCUUUAAAAAAAAAAACAAACAAAAACCCACAACAAAAAACCAAGAACCAAACAAGGUAUUCUGUCUUUUGUUGUGCUUUGUAAAAACUAAAAACUUCUUUUUUUUUCUGUUUGGGGUCACCUUGAAGAUUAUCAUAGGACUUUUAUGUAGCUUAAUUAAUAUUUGUAAAAUAUGCUAUGGCAUCAGGUGAAAAUGGAAGUGAAGUUCUAUUACAGACAAGGGGGUUUCAGUCCUGCCUGUCUGGACCUUGUUAUAUUUCCUAUACUUGAAAGAGAAAUAUUAAAUAAAAGCCUUUACCUUUUCAUUUAAAACACAUUACUAUACUUAUUUUCCUAUAAUAUAUACUUUGUAAGAUUUUUUUUAAAAGAAAAAUAUCCUUUAACACAGCACAGCGAAAUAAUAACAUUAAAACAUUGACCUCACUGUAUCCAUAGCAGCAGAUUGUAUUCUCAUAAACACAGGAUAAAGUCUUCCAUGCAGGUUUCAGAAGAAACAUUGGAGAAAACAUUUUUCUUUUAGCAUAUAAUUAAACUGUUUAGUUAAAAUCUGCUUGUAUGUAGGGAAGCUCAUAUCUGAAUGUCUCCAGUAAUCGCAGAGAAAAGACGUAUAGAAGUAAUUGCAAAGUAAAUUGUUUCUUGGUUAUGUAUUGCAGUAGUUCGGUGGGUUUUUUCCUUGUCAGUAAAUGGAGACUAAAGCCUUCAAUAUGUGAAAUCAGAAGAUAUUUGUGUCAGCAUCAUGCUGAAUUAGAUUUGCAUAGAAUACUUGUCUGUGUCACUGUCUCCAAAAUUAAAAAGGAAGAGGAGGAAGGAGGAUUUCACUAUGUAAGAGAAGACCUUUCUGCUGUGGGAAGUUCUUCUCUAUGAUCUGCCCCCUACAAAAGUGCCAAAGAGCUACUUGCCAUAUUGACAGCUUUGAAACUCUAGCAUGUUUACCAAUUCUUUUAAAUUUUAACUGAAAUAUUUCUGCAUUCUACAUCUAUGGAAGGAAUGGAUAGUGCUUCCCUGUCUGAUAAAUUGUGGGAUAGGGCAAAGAGAGAGAGACAGAGAGAGGGAGUAAGAGCGCACUGUGGGGAGAAAUUGAAAGAUUCUGAAAAGAAUGACAUUUUAUCUUCAGUGCAUUCCCUUGAGUGAUGGACAAGACAGACCUAAGCACAACUAAAGAGCAGUAAAAAGAGAUGUUUGGGGUUUUAAAAUUAUUUUGGUAUUUUCCGUUAUGUGAACCGAAUGAAGCAAAAAUGCUGAGAACAAAACCAGCUUCUGGUCCUUUAAUUAAAAACUGUAUCAUCAAGAACAUGCUAGAGCUCCAAUUGAAUUUGAACAGGGAGCUUAACAGUGAAAAGUCUGAAUGGAUUUUAGAAUAUAUCAGUUUUCAAAUACUGUUUCAAAAUAGUUUCAAGUUAUAUUGGUGCCUUGAAAGAUGUUCUAUAUUCAAGGCAUUCACAGGAUUUCUCAUGCCUCCAAAUGUAUAGUAGCUUGAAAUUAUUUCUGGCUAAAUUAAUUUUAUGAUGUGGAAAUCAGUAAUUUCACACAGAUUUAUCCAAUUGUAUGUGACUGGUUUUUAAAUUCCACUGCAGCUCCAAUUCAGAAUAUUUUUUUGUUGUCCAAAGUAUUUAUUCAUUUUUUGGAUAACAUAAAUCUGACAAAAUAAUCCUAGUAAUUACCCUCACUAUGCCUCAGUUUCUUUAUCUGAAGAUAACAGUAAUCCCCUCAACAGCGAGGGAUUUUAAGUUUUCUGCAUCAACAUUUAAAAAAUAUUUUCAGAAUGAAAGAGGAAGGCUAUUUACGUUAUUAUUCAAUUGAGACACACUGUAGAAGGAACAGUCAUUUAUUUCCAGUCCAUUUUCAGUGAAAUCCAAGAAGGAAGAUUCUUUAAAAGAAUAAUGAUGGAGUUAGAAUUAAUUGUUGGCUAAUAUGCUGAACUAAUUAAGCCAGCAGAGAGAUCCAUUUAUGCUUGCCAAAGGUUUUCUCUGAGUUAAAGAUACUGAGAACAUCAUUAAAUGAAGGAAGUGAAAAUAUGAAGCAUAGGUUAAUCUUUAAAACAGAGUGGGUGAAAGGGUCCAGAGGCAAGUGCUGAAGUCAAAUAUUUACCACUGCAAUUUAAUUUUCCACUUGAAACCCUAGAGAUAAUUAGAAUUAUUCUCAUUUGUCUACCAUCUCAGCAUGAUUUAGGAUUCUGCUUAAUGUGCAAAGAAAAAAAAAAAGACUGUGCUGAAGCAAAUGGUACCAAAACUCUCAGUGCUAAACCAGAAUCUGCUACCUAAGGAAUAAUCACGAGCUGACUGAGCCAGCCCUAUAGUCCUGUGCAGAGGGUGAAAGUCUGUGAAAACACAGAGCACCUAAAGGGCUGGUUUAGUUCCUGGACAGACAUUCAGAGUUGAAAAGUACAUUUCAGCAGCCGCCAAAAAAUUUUAGUGCCCUAGGCAGAGCUCCUUGCUUCUUGGCAGUGACGCUUGCUUCAUUCCCCUUGAAUUCUGGCUUCAUACAGGUACUACACAGCAGAGCUAGUGGUGAAAGUCAAGAUUCUGUCUGUCUUAUGAAAUUGCUGUAUAUAUUUUGUCAUCAUACAAUGUGCAGUGUAUUAAUCAGCUCUGUUACAUUCCUAUGAUUCCACUACCAAAUGCGAUAAUACCAACUUUAAAGUGGUCUCCAAACCACUCUAAAAAAAAAAUUAUAACCAUAAAGAAAUUCAGGCC